CCGACAUGAAGACGCCUCCGACUUCGAACGUUCCCUUUCCGAAUGCCGUUGUUCUGGACCAAGUUGGCAUUAUUGCGAAUUCAAGUGGCGUUGUUCUGGUGAAUUUUUAGGGCAGAGUGUAUCUUAGGAAGAAAUAAGAGGUCCAUCGCUUGAUUGUACACCAAACAAUUCGACUUUAGCAGCCGCCAACAAAUCUUCAUUGAGAUGCGAAACGCGUGAUCCACCGGAUAGGCCGACAGCCACAGAUAUUCCAGAGAGCCAUAGAGAAAACCAAUGCCCAUGUCCGCAGCUAGUUCGAAUGCCAACAACGGCUUGUUUGUUUGCAACAUACAAAUUACCUUGUUCAUAGCGGUGCUGAUCGUCGAGCUGCCAGAAGUCACUCCCAGGACGUAUUUAUCAGAGGAGCCAGGGACUCUUGAUCCCUCUGUACAUAAACCUGCUCAUCACAUGCGGAAAUUUCAAGUUACAAGAAGGCCCUUGGAAGAAAUACCUAUACCAAACAAUACAGUUGUUACUGGUUUAGUGGGAACAAAAUCCAUCUUGGAAUGUCAUACGAGAAAAAUUGUUAAUAUAACUGUAGAGUGGUAUAAAUAUGACCAUAAUAAUAAGUCCCAAAUCAAGCUUGUAAAGAAUAAUGAAACAUUAACUGAUGACAAAAGAUUCUUAUCUGUUGAAAGUGAAAAUUCUAUGAUUUGGUAUUUACACAUAAGAUUCGCAACAAAAUCCGAUGAAGGGCUUUACGAGUGUCGCGUUUAUAAUGAGACAAUUUUUAGUAUAUUUACCACGCUAGAUCUAUAUGAGGCUCGCGCGUCAAUAUUAGGCCCUGAUAUUCGAGAAGUAGACAAGGGAUUUCCUAUAAGGCUCAGCUGCAUUAUAAAUCUAACUGAUGGCUAUCAUAAACCUCAUCAUAGCAAUAUAAUGAUACAGCCCAGGUACAUGUUUUGGUAUCGCGACAAUAGAGUAAUAAACUACGACUUAAAGGACGGCGCGGUCGUCCACGAAGGAGAGUUGGCCACUGAGCUUAUCUUUCAAAGGGCUUUACCACAGCAUACUGGGAAUUAUACGUGUGUGCCUUCUAACGCUAGACAGGCAAGCGUGCAAGUCAUCGUUCAUUAUAGAGGUGAGGAGUUUCCAUCGCAGAAAACUACUAGAGAUCGUCCAAAAGUCUUGGCGGUUAUUGUAGUUUUAUUUAUUAUUGCUAUAAUAUAAUCGAAUUUCAAGGUUUUGUUGCUAUUUUGUAUUUAUAUCGUGAU